AGCCCACCUCAAUUCCUUCCCGGGCUUCCCUCUUCUACCUCCGUGGUUUCCUUCAACCGGUUGGGUUACCCAGUAACUCACCGGCAGGAUCACACCAACAGCCGCCCCGCCGGUGUUGUAGGCCAGACAGUUUUUCGUCUGAAUGGAAGCGAACGGUUUCGUUUCCCGUCGAACGUCCCUGGAAACACCGGGUGUUGACCGGCGGGUCACUGGCACAACAGCCGGGACAGGGUUUCAAAUCCUGGGCGGCAGAUUCUUAGAUGCCACGGGCGGAUUUGCCGGGUCUUUUUUACCCAGAAUGGCAGGGGAGCAGGAAUUUGUGUCGGUACUGCAUAGGACAAGUCCAGAGCCCUCGACCUCCUUCGAGCCAGAAGUAGACUAUGAAGGACUGCCUCAGGGAGUAGCCACCAGAACACACAUGCUGGCAGGAGCCGUGGCUGGAAUCAUGGAGCACUGCCUAAUGUACCCCAUCGACUGUGUUAAGACUCGCAUGCAGAGCCUCCAUCCUGAACCAGGAGCACGGUACAGGAACGUGAUGGAUGCCCUGCGACAGAUCAUCCGGACUGAGGGUUUGUGGCGGCCAAUCAGGGGAGUGAAUGUGCUGGCGGUGGGUGCAGGACCUGCCCACGCUCUUUACUUCGCCUGCUACGAGAAAAUCAAGUUCUCGCUCAGCGAUGCUGUUCAUCCUGGCACCAACAGCCACUUUGCAAAUGGAGUUGCAGGCUGCAUGGCCACCGUGCUGCACGACGCCAUCAUGAACCCAGCUGAAGUUGUCAAGCAGCGAAUGCAGAUGUUUAACUCGCCGUACCGCGGCGUUUUGGACUGCAUGGGUUCUGUUCUGAGACAGGAGGGUGCGACGGCUUUCUACCGCAGCUACACCACCCAGCUGACCAUGAAUGUGCCCUUCCAGGCGCUACACUUCAUGACCUACGAGUACCUGCAGGAACUUCUCAACCCUCACAGACAGUACAACCCUUCCUCCCACGUCGUGUCUGGCGCGCUCGCCGGCGCCUUGGCAGCCGCUGCCACCACACCGCUCGACGUCUGUAAGACCCUCCUCAACACGCAGGAAGCUCAGCCCAUUCACGUGGUCCAGGCCGAGGCAGCCGGAGCGGUCGGAGCAGCCGCCGCCUCGGGCCCCGGCAGCCGCUACAUCUCUGGGCUGGGCGAGGCCUUCCGGACUGUCUACAGAAUGGGAGGCAUGCCGGCCUUCUUCAAGGGUGUCCAGGCCAGGAUUAUCUACCAGAUGCCCUCCACUGCCAUCAGCUGGUCUGUUUACGAGUUUUUCAAAUACAUCAUCACCAAGCGGCAGCACCAGAGACGGCUGCGUGGAGACCGGGAUGGAGACCAGUAAACAUCAGCUCAGAGGGUCACUGAACGGUAGUGAUCACUGAUAUCUGUACUGAUUUCUAAACAUCCUGAGGUUUAGAAAGCACUUAAUUCAUGGCAGAAAAAGUCAGUCUCUCUUAUUUACGGAUAUCAGUUCUGAUGAUAUCUGAACCAGUUCAGUCAGACAGCUUCUCAUCAGAUCUCAGGAUACAGAACGUCAUUUAUUUGAAUGAGACCUGGAAAUAUGAAACAGAAGGAAGUUCUGGCUAAAAUUUUCUUUGUUCCUCAUGACAAACUCCACUUAUUGGCUAACUUAAAAGGGAAAUCCUUCAGAGGCAGAGUUUACCCCAUUAAAUACAAGUGUUAAGGAGAAUGCAGAUUGUGGAAGAUGUCUUUAAUCUGGUUUCUCUGCAUGUAAGGAACUAUCAUGUCUUCCCACCCAGAUGCACUUCAGAGGAACAUGUUUCAGGUCCAGCAGCUGACUCAGAGGGUGAAGUGCUGACUCUGAGCUGUUUCUGCUCUCUUUCUAUAAACAGUGUAGCAAUGCAAGUUUCUUUUUUGGCCCAACACCCCCCAGGAAUUAUAAAAAGUUCAACAGUAGGAAAAUACUCAUUUCCCUGGAAAGCUCCAUCGCUCCUGUGUGUCCCGAUCAUGACAAGUUAAGGUGAGCUGUAAACGUAGCUCAUCUUUUAUCCAGAGGGGGGCGCUGCUCUGUUUAAACAACUAAACUAAACACUGGAAAAAAAAAAACAGCUGCAUGAUGCAGAAUCAGUUUGUUCCUUUUGAAAGUAUUUAGCUUCAUUAUGAAGACAAGUCCAGAGGUUUCUGAGGCCAAAUGUCCAAAUAAUGGAGGAAGAACUUUGAGGGGAAUCAUCCAGCUUUUUCUCUUGCACAUUGCUACAGAGUCGGUCCUGUCUGGAAGCCUUAAACUGCUCAGAGCAAUGAACAAAAACUUGAAACGAAUGUAGAAAAUAAAGCUUGUAUUACAUGCAAGUUACUAGUUCUGAGCAGUCAGAAAGUUGAGUGUUUGGGUGGAGCAGGUGGAGCUGAGCUUCACUGUUCAAGGAAAAAACAAUGCAGACAUGAAUUUAAUUCCUAACAGAUAAAAAUGGAACAGUAAAAGUCUUUUUUUAAGCUACUACAUCAGCAUUUUUGGUUCUCACAGCUGUCUGGUUCCUGAUCCUGUGGCUCCCAAAGAUCAACUUUUUUUCUUUAGUCAGAAUGACCUUUUUUAAAAAACUGCACAGUAUCGUAGCACUUAAAGCAGCUUCUUUAUCCGACUAAAUAAACCCAGUGAACAGGAAGUCUGACUCAUGCCUUCAGUUAGCCGCCGUACUGUCAACGCACAACAACCACGAACACAUCCUCAGAUGUACGCACGUUUUAAAGCCAUUAAAUGAAACAAAGUUGCACAGAAUACAUCUAAAGUUAGGAAACCAAAAACCAAACGAUGGAGAGAGAAAAGUGGAGGAAACGUGUCUGUCAGUGACAACACUAAUGUGAAAUGCUUGAAGAGAUUUUAAAGGUGACACCUGUAUUUUGUGAAUUGUAAAUAAACUUGCUAAGGCAGCUCCUCGCAGAAGCAGGGUCUUCUCUUGGUGCUGGCUCUCCAAGCGCUGAGAGACUA